AUGGCCCACCAGGCAGGAGCACUGGCUGAGAUGCCUGUGGCAGCCGGGCCUGACGAGGAGACCACGUGCGCCUCAGCCUCUGGGGGCCUGUCCGCCCGGGUCCCCGCUCCGGAUCUGGAAGCCGAGGAGACGCUGGGUCUGGGCCAGCUGCCCGUGGAGCUGCUCGAGAUGGUGCUGGUCCACGUGCCCCCCCACAUGCUGCUCGGGCACUGCCGCUCUGUGUGCCGGCACUGGCGCGACCUGGUGGACUGCCAGCACCUGUGGCUGAGCAUCUUGGACCGAGACCACGCCUCCCUGUCCCCCAUCCUCCGCACCUACCUGCCCCCUGAAGACAGCGACCCCAGGCCCUGCGUCUUGGGCCGCUUCUGCGAGCGCAGACCCAUAGGGCGCGACCUCCUCUCGAACCCCAAUGGCGAAGGUGGGGAGCCCAGGAAAGGGGUCCUCCUAGAGCAGGUAGAAGGGUGUUGUUACAAGGGAGAAAUGUUGAACUUGGAAAAGGAGGGUCUGUGGCCGGAACUCCUGGAUAGUGGAAAGAUUGAUAUUUGUGUCUCUGCUUGCUGGAAAGAACUACAAGACAGUGACCACACGUAUCAUCUAGUCAUUGGACUUCUGGAUGCCAACCAUGACGUCCUGCAUCGUUUCUUUCAUGAAGGUUUUCCCAUCCAGAGGCGGAGAAACCGUGUCUCCUUUAAGGUCAGACACGUGUUCUCCAACCUCAAGAAGGGUGUCCGCUUUGUGUUUUUUGACCACAGUGUCUGGGGCUUGGAUUAUUGGCUUGAGCAAUAUGUACUCUCUAUGUCCGAAUCCAAAGUCAUCGUGCGGUUCCGUCUGUCCUAG